AUGGCACAAAAGAGUAGAUUUACUGGUGCUUCAAGAAGAUCCUCCUCUUCAUCCUCAUCCUCUCAUUCUUCUUCUCACCAAGUUCCACCCACACAACAACAAACUAGAAAUUACUCCACCUCAUCCACUCCACAACAACAAGCUAGACCUCAACAACAAACCACAACCCCACCACCACCACAAUAUCAACAAGCUCCUGUUCAAAGCGGAGGUUCUGGUAUUAUGGGAAAUAUUGUUUCCACGGUUGCUGGUACUAUGAUCGGACAUGCUAUUUAUGAUUCAGUUUCUAAUGCUUUUGGUUCCAAGGACAAUGCUGGAGAACAACAACCACAAUACUCUCCACAAGAAAUGCAAAAGUGCUUCUCACAAAUGCAAUCCUUCUCGCAAUGUUUGGAACAAAACCCAUACUCUAUUGGAUCUUGCCAAUAUGCUUUUGACCAGUUGAAUGAUUGCAAGAGAGGAUUGACUCCAAUGCCACAACAACCACAAACCAAUCAAAACAAUGAAUGGUAG